AAAACUCUUCAGUUGGAUUUCAGAACAUCAGACGGGCGGGCGUGUGUAGGAUGGAUCGUUAAUAACAUCAGCAGUUUUUUUCAUUCCGCCUUCUAGCAGUGUUUGUUUAUUACCUUCCGGCACACUUUCCGUGAAUCCUUCUCGACGGUGGUGCUUUGUAAAUUUUAAUUUAGACGUUCAUUUUCUAUCUUUAUAACGUUGUUCCGAUUUCACGUCGAGAAGGCGGCCGUACAACUUUGAAAGCGGCUUUUCAAGAGUAGAACACCUACUCGUAAUAUUUCAAUAUCGCUGUAUCACCGCAUCAGGCAAUUAUCAAGAUGGUGAAGAAGGUUUCAGAAGAGAGUGUAGAUAGCGGCGUCGGACGCUGCAGCAGCCAGUCGGGCAGUGAGCGAGAAUUGGACGAGAACCCACGUGGUUCUGAACCCUCGGCUCCGGUGUCCAUUCCCGACAGUGAUGAUCUGCAGCGACGCAAAGAAGAGGCGCGCAGGAAGCGCCGAAGGAAGAAGCGCUCCGGUAGCUCUGUCGUCACGUCAUGUUUCCAAGAUCUUUACAAGCUGACAGGCGAGGUACUGGGCGAGGGCGCAUACGCAUCUGUUCAGACAUGUGUGAACAUCUAUACGGGCCAGGAAUUCGCAGUGAAGAUCAUCGAUAAAGUGCCAGGCCACGCCCGCGCCCGGGUGUUCCGCGAAGUGGAGACUUUCCACUAUUGCCAGGGGCACCCCAACAUAAUCCAGCUCAUUGAAUUCUUUGAGGACACAGACAAGUUUUAUCUUGUCUUCGAGAAGAUCAACGGCGGUCAGCUCCUAUCUCGCAUCCAGGAGCACCACUACUUCUCAGAACCGCAAGCGGCCGAAAUCGUGCGCGAGAUAGCCAACGCGCUGCAUUUCUUGCACGGCAAGGGUGUCGCCCACCGUGACCUGAAGCCGGAGAACAUUCUGUGCGUGCACCGUGACCGGCUGUGCCCCGUCAAGAUCUGUGACUUUGAUCUUGGCAGCGGCAUCAGCUUUACUUCGAGCCUCGCCAGUCCGCUAGCAACGCCGCAACUGAUGACCCCUGUGGGCAGUGCCGAGUUCAUGGCUCCCGAAGUGGUGUCCCUGUUCGCGGGGUCGGCGGCGACGCACUACGACAAGCGCUGCGACCUGUGGUCGCUCGGCGUCAUCGCGUACAUCCUGCUGUGCGGGUACCCGCCGUUCCGCGCCGACUGCGGCGCUGACUGCGGCUGGGAGCGCGGCGACAACUGUCGCGCUUGUCAGGACCUCCUCUUCACUUCUAUACAGGAGGGUCGGUAUUCGUUCCCGGAAGAGGAGUGGUCUCACAUCUCGUGUGAGGCCAAAGAUCUGAUCGGGCAACUGCUGGUGCGCGAGGCGUCGCACCGGCUGAGUGCCGAGCGAGUGUUGCAGCAUCCCUGGCUGCGACGCGCCGACCCUCAUGCACAUUUCCCGCCGCUGCAGACGCCGAUUAAUAUUAAACGGAAUAUGUCGGCGCGCAAUCUGUCCAACUUCGCCGAAUCCGCGAUGGCCGUGAAUCGAGUGAUCCAGCAGCACUUCUCUAUGAACUACUCGUACAUGGAGCGGCCGGCGGCGGCGCUGCGCUGCAGCAAGUCGUGCUACCCGAGCCCGGACUCGGUGCGGCUGGAGCUCUCCCCGGACAGCAUCCUGGAGGCCGACGAGCUCGGCCAGUACUGCGCGCCGCCGCUCGGGCUGUCGCCGCCGGCCGACUCGGAGCUGCUGCGCCGCCGGCUGCAGGCGCUCGACAAGCCGCUGCCCGUGCACUAGUCCCUCGGGCCCCCGCCGCGACCUCCACCCAGUGUCCGAUCAUAACGCUAAGCCCGCCGCCGAGGUCUGCGUCUCCCGUCAGUUUGCCAAUAAUUAUAAAAGCGUGUGAGAAGUUAGCCACCCGUGCUUUGUGCUGUGAGCGAUAUCUAAAACAUAGUUUCGACCGGGGCUUAAACGUAGUCUAUGCAGUAGUACGACAGAAAACACAUUUGUAUAAGGAAAAAUCAUUAUUUUCUGUAUUGUUUGAUAAUUUCGCCAUCGAGCCGUAUUUUCGACGUGGAGAUUGGACAGUAUUGGAGUUUUAGAGUUGGCAAAUCUGGCGGUGGUGUCCUGCGCCGGGCCGGCGGAGCGACCCCCCGCGGCCGCCACAUUCCAGCGAGCGCCCGAGCCGGCCCGCGCACCGCCGACGUCGGUUCAGACUGUGCCAACGGAAAUAUUCCACCAGUGAUACGUGAUAACGUGACCGAUCGCUCCCCGGCGACCGGAUCUUAUACAUAGAGCUGUAACAGUUUUAUUUGAGCCUUUUAAAGAUAUAUUUUUAUGAAUAAACAAAAAACGACUGAAUAGUUUUAUCGAUAUGUAGAUAUGAUGAUGUAUUUGUGUGGAGGCGGUGCCACCCGCACGCCUACGACCGACGACGGUCGUUAAAAAUCGUAUUAUAUUGAGAUAGUUGUGCUGAUCUACAUAAUAAUUAUUAUAUCGAUUACAGUUAUUAUUUUUGGAUUUAUGAAAUCCGCAGAUUGAGCUUAUGUAUUUGUGUAAAUCGCCUUUCGUUUGUGGCCUAUCCAUUGCAAUAAUUAAAAAUUACUAUAUCAUUUUCUAUGGAGUUUUUGGAUACUAGUCUGUUUAUGUGAUCGUUAUUUGCAUUUUUACCAACGAUGAAAAACCACAUCUCAUUAAUUAAGAACGAAUCAAAUGUUUUAUAUAAGAUUGUUAAGAUGUACAAAAUAUGUGACAUUUUUCUAUUAGGUGCAAGUGUUAUUUUUGCUUCGCAAAUUUGUUUUAUCUCUACAAGUAGAGUGUCGUACAUAUCGUAUGUACUUAUGCGAUUGUUCGUGAUCGAUGGAGAGGAAAAGAUCUAUUUGUGAGCUGAUUGAUUGAAAUGUCAUAUAUUGGAAUCGAGCUGUGUUGGUUGGUACGAUGUGUUGCAUGGGGUUCCGUAGAGCUGCCAUUAACAUUGUGAUCAGUUUGAAUACUUUUAUAUUGCGAAGUGUGAAGCGUUGAAGUAAGUUAAGUGUAGACCUGCUAGUAGCCCGCGUACAGCGUUGAUUGGAGAAAGGUCCAGACAGCCUCCCUAUUGGCAGUUAUUGUUUUAUAUUCACAAAUUUUAUAUUUCAAUUGAGUAAUUUAAGAUUUAUUAAUUCUAUACUUUUUAGUCAGGUGGCUUAUCCAAUCAAUAUUUAACUGUAAUUGCGCAGAAAAAUUGUUAAAAAUUUGUUUUCGACUAAAUCAUUGAUUUGAACUGUCACUGAAAUACAGAUGUUUGAAUUUUUA